AUGAUUAAUGAUGAUAUCAUUAUUGGGUUUCCACAGGUGUCCUGGAAGAGAGAAUCUGCUGAUGAGCCUGAGUUGUAUUCACAUUCAUAUAUUUCGUUCUAUGAAGCAAACAGCAAUGUUAAUUGCAGUCAUGCAAAAACAAGUUUGCUCACGAACGAGGAGAAAGACGACUCGGACCGUAUCUCUAGAGUAACACUACCCCGGAUAAGGAAUUCGUCGUUGCACAAGCAACUAACCGAAGAACUCCCAGUUGGACAUGGAUGUAGCUUUUCUCAGACAGUAUUCAAUGGUGUGAACUUGAUGGUUGGAGUUGGACUCCUUUCAAUGCUGUAUACAAUGCAAGAAGCUGGCUGGAGUAGCUUGGCUGUUCUUAUUCUCUUUACACUUAUCUGCUUUUACACAGCUUAUCUUAUGAAAUGCUGCUUUGAAAGCAGGGAAAGCAUCAUAACAUACCCGGACCUUGGAGAAGCUGCAUUUGGGAGAUACGGACGCCUUCUCAUAUCGAUCAUUUUGUAUGUAGAGUUAUAUUCAUACUGUGUGGAGCUUAUCAUUUCGGAGGGGGACAAUCUCACCGGGAUUUUCCCUGGAGCACUUUUGAAUUGGGCGGGCAUUGAGCUCGAUUCCCUCCACUUCUUCGUCAUCGUUGCAGCUCUCGUAAUACUACCAACCUUUUGGUUGAGGAAUCUUUGAUUGAUAUCAUAUCUUUCAGCUGGUGACAUUCUUGCAACUUUAGUUACGGUUGUCUGCUUGAUUUUGAUCGGGACGGUUGACGGUGUUGGCUUCCGUCAGAGAGGUGUUCUGAAGUGACAUGGAGUUCCUCUUGCAAUUGGUGUGUAUGGGUUCUGCUAUGGUGGGCAUCCUGUGUUGCUGAAUAUAUAUCAGUCGAUGGUCGAUAAAACAAAGUUCACCAAAGCACUUUUUAGCAUGGUAAGCGGGCUUUUAUGAUUCUCGAGACAUUGCAAAACAGAUUGGCGGAACAUUUGCAAAAACGAAAAAGUAAAAACUAACAGAACUGCAAUACACGACCACCCGUCAACUGUACAUAACUAGGAUGUCCUUAGAACACUGUGAAAAUCACCAACAUAUUCCUAGCAUCAAACAAAGUGUUUAUGCCAAAAGUGUAUGGUUGGAUCAGCUUCCACACAGCAACAACAUUUCCAGAUUAUUACAAUAUCACAUGUAUUUUCACUUAGAACUGAUAAUGGAGGAGUUGCAAUGCUGGGCUUUCUCAUGUCUGGGCAGAGGACACUAUCCCAGAUAACUUUCAA